AUGGCUGAGAUCGACCUGGAGGACUUCAGUGUUUACAGUCAGCUGACUGAUGAAGAGCUGAUCCAGAUCGCUGUGGAGAGAAGCCUCUGGGACAUACAUCGCUUACCAGACUCUGAUCGAAGGUCAGCCUCCGCAGAUCCACCUCCAGAACCCAGGCACAGACCCGCAGACCUGCCCACACCUCUGCCUCCAUCCCAACGGCCACAACCAGUACGAGUCCAGAACAAUAUAAAUCCCCCCACUGCCCUGUCCAACUUUCUAUACAAAGUCCUCAAUAGAGUACCCAGUCCUCUACAGACUAUCAUUAUGAACGGAGAUGCUGAGGCUUUAAUGGAGGUGGUCCAUACCAGGUACAGCAGUCUGACUGAGCCCAGCGAUGAAGGCUGGAUUGCUCUUCAUGAAGCCGCUAACUAUGGCCAGCUAAAGUGUGUCCAGAUCCUGAUCAGAGCUGACCCCAGUUCCGUGAACAGGUGUACCCUGAAUAAUGAAACGGCUCUGCUGCUCGCUGCUUCGCAAGGAAAAGUUCCCUGUGUUGAGUUUCUUCUGAAACACGGAGCAAAUGUAAACCUUGCCAACAAGGCCGGCGAGACUCCACUGUUUACUGCAUGUGAACAUCCAAAUGAAGAGGUUGUGGAGCUGCUGCUUACUUAUGGAGCUAAGGUAAACCUCACCUGUACUCAGGGUGAAAGUCCCCUCCAUGAAGCCAGCAGAUAUGGCUCUUUGGAACUCUGCGAGAUAUUACUGGAUGCUGGAGCAGAUGUGAAGUCAAAGAACAUCUACGGCAUUCAGCCGCUGUUCAGGGCUGCACAGAAUGGGAAUGCGGAAGCUCUGAAACUGCUUGCUCAGAGAGGUGCAGAUGUUAAUGGACAGGCAGGAGAUGGAGCUUCACCGCUGUAUGAAGCCUCUAAGAACGGCCACUGCUCAGUGGUGCAGGCACUGAUCACCCUAAAAGCUGAUGCUAAUCGAGCCACCAAGGCUGGCCUGCUGCCGCUUCACGUGGCUGUGAGAAACAACCACAAACGAAUUGUGUCCUUGUUGAUCCCGCUCACCAGCAGCGUUGCAAUUCAGAGCUGUGGCAUCAGUCCUCUGCACAUCGCUGCAGAGAGGAACUGGGACGAAAUCCUUGAGCUGCUAAUCAAGUCAGGCUUUGAUGUCAACGCUGAGCUGUCUAACGAGCGUUCCAACAUGUACGAAGACAGACGGAGCACGGCUCUCUACUUCUCCGUCUCCAAUGGAAACCUAGAAGGUGCCGAGAUGCUCCUGGAAGCUGGAGCGAAUCCCAACCUGGACAUCUUCCACCCGCUGCUGAUUGCCGUCCGCCUCGGCUGGGUGGACAUGGCGGAGCUGUUGGUGAGGUAUGGUGCAGAUGUCAACGUUCAGAUGUCCACACAGCCGUCCUCAUUCCCAUCAGCCAUCCUGCUUGGGAUGGAAUCUCCUCCCAUUCUCAAACUACUGCUGGAUAAUGGCUGUAAUGCCCGCCUCUGCUUCCAGUGUGUUUACGGCCUAAAACCGCAUCCGGUCUUCAUUCCAUCACGGCGUCCUGUUGAAGAGCUACGGGUCAACCAGCAGUUGCAGCCACAGCGCUGCAUCCAGUACUGCGAGGCCAUCUCCAACUCAGCUCUCUGCCAGAUAUCGGGUCCCAUUAUCUCCAUGUUCCUGGACUACGUCGGCCACGUCCGUCUCUGUUCCCGACUUCUGGAGAUCCUGGAGAGUCGCAGUGACUGGGCCUCCAUCAAACUGAAAGCUGUUCCUCCUCAUCCUCUGAUGCAGCUCUGCAGACUGACGAUCCGGUGCGUGCUCGGAGUGCAGAGGCUCAAACUCCUCCACACUCUUCCACUUCCUGUCCGGCUCAUCCGCUUUCUGUGUCACGACACGAACUGUUCCUUACCUGAAGACAGCUGA